AUGCCUAAAAAAGUUUCUGGGCUCAUAAACCAUAUUAAGAGUGCAAGAAAGCUUGGGUGUGUUCUUCUUGGGGUGAGCUGUGGUGGAAAUAUGGCAGACUAUGUUGCACGGAAAGCCGUUGAGUUGGGCAGUAUUUUGGACCCUGUCAAGGUGGUGGCACAAGUUUUGAUGUAUCCAUUUUUCAUUGGAAGUGUUCCAACACACUCUGAGAUAAAACUGGCAAAUUCCUACUUCUAUGACAAGGCUAUGUGCAUACUUGCAUGGAAACUUUUUUUACCUGAGGAGGAGUUCAGCCUGGACCACCCUGCCGCCAACCCACUUGUCCCUGAUAGGGGGCCACCUUUAAAGCUCAUGCCUCCAACACUCACCGUUGUGGCAGAGCAUGAUUGGAUGAGAGACCGGGCAAUUGCUUAUUCAGAGGAGCUCCGGAAGGUAAAUGUUGAUGCACCAGUUUACGAGUAUAAGGAUGCAGUUCAUGAAUUUGCAACUCUUGAUAUGCUCCUUAAGACCCCUCAGGCCCAGGCCUGUGCGGAGGACGUUUCCAUCUGGGUAAAGAAGUAUAUCUCACUUCGAGGUCAUGAGUUCUCUUAUUAA